GUUGACCCCCGAUUGGCUAGGUAAACCCUGUAAGUAUGCAGCUAGCACUGAGCAAACGCAGUUUUCGUAGAUUUUUGACAUCGUUAUCUCCUAAUCGCUGUGUUCGUUGUGCCAUUGCAAAAGUUAUAAGAAGAGUCAGUUCAAACUGAAAUUAGUUUUGAAAUUAGUUACAGAUUCACACAUGCGUAUGUUUAAAAUUUCAGUGUUCAAAAUUGUAUGAACGACCUUACUUUCCGUGGUGAAUUUGUAGUUUAAGUGCAAGAAAUUACAGAAAAAUGGCUAACUCAUCCAUCAGUGAAAUAGAUCAAACAGCAGUGUUGGUAACCCAUCUUGCACAGAUUUGCUUUAACGCUGAUAAUGCGGACGUCACCUUUAUCGUGAAGGGCGAGCAUCUACCAGCACAUCGGAUCAUACUGGCGACCAGGAGUGAAUACUUUCGGGCGCUAUUAUACGGUGGACUGAAGGAGUCAAAGCAGAAUGAGAUUACACUCGAUAUUCCGGCAAAAGCAUUCAAGUAUCUGAUGAAAUAUAUCUACACCGGCCGUUUGUCACUAAAGCAGAUGAAGAACACCGACAUUCUAGAUAUACUUGAGUUAGCUCAUCAGUAUCGGUUUGUCGACUUGCAGACGGCUAUUUCGGAUUACCUUUGCAAAGUUAUUUGCAUGGACAAUGUGUGUUAUAUAUCAAGAACUGCUUGUUUAUUAGACCUUAACAGCUUAUCCACUGCAUGCUACACAUUUAUGGACAAGAAUGUGAGCAAUGUGAUGAAGCCGCAUAUAUUCCGUAAUAUCUCCUAUGAGGCCCUGUUCGGUUUAUUAAAGCGGAAAACUUUUAACACUGACCAAGUGAAUAUUUUCAAAGCUGUUCAUGAUUGGUGCCGAUUCAAUGAAGCAAAACCAGAUAAAGCUGAGAAGCUCUAUAAUCAGGUACGGUUUACGCUGAUGUCUCGGCAUAACCUGCUGAAUGUGGUGCGGAGUACAAAUGUCCUGGAUCCGAAUCGUCUGUUGAAUAUAAUUGCUGAGAAAGAGAAGUCAUCGGAAUUGCCUCAUCGAGCUUCAUCCUUGCUAGAGAUGACUCUACUCAACGAUAUGAUUAAGUGGUACUUCUCAGGUGCAACAUCAUGGAGCUGGAUUGGUGUAAUCGACUUGGAUAAACUUUUCAUGGUCAACUGUAUUCGAGUGGAAAAGUCAAAUAAAUUGUAUUCUAACUAUCAGAUAGAAGUUUCACACGAUCAACAGUGUUGGACCCAAGUUGCCCCACGUACAGGAUCCUUUAAUUUUUGGACCGUAGCCCAGUUUCGGAAUAGGCUUGUUCGUUUCAUUCGUAUUUCUUUCGUCAGAGAAACAGAGGACAUUGCAUCCAUUGAAGUAAUGUACAAUAAAAAUUAAAACGAUUAAAUGCAGAGAUCCCUGCAAGUAAAGUUGAA